AUGGUUCUGCCGCCCCCGGACAAGCGACACGUGUGUCUGACCACCAUCGUCAUCAUGACCAGCAUGGCAUUCAUGGACGCCUACCUGGUGGAGCAGAACCAGGGACCACGCAAGAUUGGUGUAUGCAUCAUCGUCCUGGUGGGAGACAUCUGCUUUUUAAUUGUCCUGAGGUACGUGGCUGUUUGGGUGGGUGCUGAGGUACGGACAGCCAAACGUGGCUAUGCCAUGAUUCUCUGGUUCCUCUACAUCUUUGUACUGGAGAUAAAGCUUUACUUUGUCUUCCAGAACUACAAGGCUGACCGUAAGAGCCUGGAGACAGUGGCAAGGAAGGCCCUGACUCUGUUACUAUCCGUCUGCGUGCCAGGACUCUAUUUGGUCUUGGUCGCAUUGGAUAGUAUGGAGUAUGUGAGAACCUUCCGGAAAAAGGAGGACAUGCGGGGAAGGCUCUUCUGGGUUGCACUCGACCUGCUGGAUGUGCUGGACAUUCAGGCUAACCUAUGGGAGCCACAGCGGACAGGCUUACCAAUUUGGGCAGAGGGUCUGAUGUUCUUCUACUGCUACAUUCUGCUGCUGAUCCUGCCCUGUGUCUCUCUGAGCGAGAUCAGCGUGCAAGGUGAGCAUGUCUCACCGCAGAAGAUGAUGCUGUACCCUGUGCUCAGCCUUGUCACUAUCAACAUUGUAACAAUUGUCAUUCGAGGGGUCAACAUGGUCCUGUUCCAGGAUAGCCGGGUAUCCACAAUCUUCAUAGGUAAGAAUGUAGUGGCAAUUGCAACCAAGGUCUGCACUUUCCUGGAGUAUCGCAGACAAGUGAAGGAGUUUCCACCACAGGAUCCAACGAGCAUUGCCAUGGAGCUGCAGCAAAACUCUGUUCCACAUAACCAGACAUUGCCAAACACCACCACCAGCCUACCAGAGGAGCCGUCACCCCCCCGUGAGGUCAUUGACACAUGA